AUGAAUAUGAUAUAUGGAGAUUUGUCGGAAAACGAGAAGGCUUUGCAGGUGGCUGCGACUCAUCCGCGGGACGGACAUAAACACGAGAAGCUGGAAUGGCGGGCAAAAAUGAUGGAGAUGAUAGCGCUGAUGAGAAGGAAAGGAUGGGAGAAGCGAGAAGUCGUCGACCGUCGCAAUCUUCGUCUCGAAUCUUCGGGUGUUUUUGAUGGCGCGCCGCUAUUUCCGAUGGCUAUCGCCUCGAGUUUUCCGCAGUUUUUCUUCUCUUUGCACCCCAAUUUUAGACCAAGGGUGGAGAUGGUUAGUAUUUUCCUAGAGUCUCUCCGUUGA